GGGGGUGAUCGGAUUGCUGGUGGCCGACAUUGUGGUUAAUGGUUGAUGAUGAAGGUGGUGCAGUGGUUGCACUUUGGAUGUCGGUAUGACGUCUCGUUGCGGCUCAAGGCGAUAGUUAGAGCACUCUGAAGCGGGGGUUUAGAACUGGUUAGAGCAUGUACUGUAUGAAUGACGUACCAAGCUCAAUGAGCUCGGCCCUCACCAUGAGACGUGAUCGUCGCCUUUCGUGUCUCAUUCACCAUCACACGAAGUUACUCCAUCAUCCCAAUGGCACCUAAAAAGAUCAUUAUCGAUACCGAUCCUGGCGUUGACGACAUCCUAGCUCUCCUCCUCGCUCUCUCCGCAUCUGCCGAAGAAGUAGAGGUCCUACUGAUAUCCCUCUGCUUCGGCAAUAUCGACGUUGAAUGCUGUUUACGCAACACGGUCUCGCUCUUCCAUGUUCUCGAGCUCGAGCGGACCUGGCGUAUCGAGAAUGAUCUUCCACUUGGCUUCGAGGCACUCAGGAAUUUCAAACCUGUUGUUUCCGUCGGCGCAGAUCUCCCGAUCGAGGGGGCUUCGAUGCAGUAUGAUUACUUUCAUGGAAAGGACGGACUUCAGGGAGUCCAUGAAAACGCACCCCACUUCACUCCAACAGAAAUGUGGAAACAUCUCUUCGGACCUGGCGAUGAAACGGACGUUUCGAAAGUGGCCCGCCUGCCGCCGAACUUCAAACCUUCCACGAACCUGAGCCAUCUAGAAAUCCUGAGAACUCUCGAAAGCCACCCACCCGACACCAUCACCAUCAUCGCUGUAGGCCCACUGAGCAACCUAGCGCUGGCCGCAAAUACAGACCCGGAGACCUUUCUUCGCGCGAAGGAAAUAGUGGUUAUGGGUGGUGCCAUCAACGUGCCAGGCAACAUCACUCCAGUGGCAGAGUUCAAUCAAUACGCGUGCUCUUACUCUGCAGCGAGAAUCUAUGCCCUUACCUCACCGAGUCCAAAGUCUACCAUGCCCUCGUGCAGGGACCUGAAGGCGUACCCGGAAAACCUGUCGAAACAGCUGAAACUCACUGCGUUCCCGCUGGAUGUUACGACUGUUCAUUCGCUUUCCCUCGAUACUUUCAAUACGGUUACAAAGUCACUCUCAGAGCGUGGGUCGCCGCUGGCCCAAUGGAUGCACCAUUUCCUUAGGCCCACCUUCGACCACUUGAAAACCCUCUACACUGAAAAGGACGUCGGCCUCUCCCUUCACGAUCCACUGUGUGUAUGGUACCUCUUAACCAACGGCGAAGGCUGGGUCAUCGAUGAGUCGGUCGAUGUGAGGGUCGAAACGGAGGGAAAGUGGACGAGGGGCAUGUCGGUGGUUGAUAGGAGGAAGAAGGUGAUUGAAGCGAACCUAUUGAGUCCGAUCAAGAUACAUGAUCGCGGCGUGUGGUUGCAUAGGGGCCAUGGGAAUAGGGUCAGGCUGGCUUUGGAUAGUGAGUACAAGACCUCGUUUGGGGAGACGAUGUUGAGGAGGAUCUUUGCGUUUGAGGGGAAGCUGGAUUUGUAGAUGAAGUUGAUCCUUCGAUGUAAAUCCACGGAUGACGAAUCUCUUUUAUAUAUCUAUAACCUCGCGACACCUCGGAGUAUGGAAUUGCGUGCCAACCAGAUCGGUGCACGGGCCGGUUGUGGAUCCAAGCGCGCAAAUUUAGCGUCACUCCCGAACCGAACGAUAGUGAUUCAGCAUCCCACCCC